UGCCCCAUUGUUAGUGCCAGUGGGGGGAGGAAUAGUGCCCCAUCGUUGGUGUCAGUGGGGGGAGGAAUAGUGCCCCAUCGUUGGUGUCAGUGGGGGGGGAGGAAUAGUGCCCCAUCGUUGGUGUCAGUGGGGGGAGGAAUAGUGCCCCAUCGUUGGUGUCAGUGUGGGGGGAGGAAUAGUGCCCCAUCGUUGGUGUCAGUGGGGGGAGGAAUAGUGCCCCAUCGUUGGUGUCAGUGGGGGGAGGAAUAG